AUGCACCUUUCAUAUUACAGAAAAUGGAUCAGGCAGAUCUAUUAUUGGAGCAUUUUCCUUGAGAUUAUUUAUUUCUAUUGUACUACAUUUUACUGCAACAUUUCUUUCUUUCCUUCCUUCUUUCUUUCCUUCUUUCUUUCUUUCUUUCCUUCUUUCUUUCUUUCCUUCUUUCUUCUUUCUUUCUCUCUUUCUUUUCUGUUUUCAUUUAGUUUCAUUAUUUUCCGUGUUUUGCAUUUUUCUUUUUUCCUUCUUUUGUUUGUUUGUUUCUUUCUUUCUUUCUUUUGUUCCAUCCUUCUUUCAUUUUCCUUCUUUCUUUUUCUUUCUUUUCUUUCUUUUCUUUCUUUCUUUCUUUCUUUUGUUCCUCCUUUCUUUUUUUUAGUUUCAUUAUUUUUCCGUGUUUUGCAUUUUUCUUUUUUCCUUCCUUCUUUCUUUCUUUCUUACUUUAUAUCUUUUUGUUCCUUUUCUUUCAUUUUCCUUCUUCCUUUCAUUCUUUCUUUCUUUCUUUCUUUCUUUUAUUCCUUCUUUUUUGUUUCUUUCUUUCUUUUUGCACCAUCUUUCCUAUUGUUUAUAAUUUCUUUCAUAAAUGGUUAUAUCUAUUUUGUGUUGCAAUUUCCUCAUAACGUCUUCAAUGUUAUUUUUCUUUCCCUCGAAACCCUUUUCCCCCUUCAUUCCUUCCUUGUCAAGAGACUUGCGAUGCUGAUUCCUUCCUUUUCCUGUUCCCGCCAUUCAUUCAUUGCCGUUCAUUCAACAAUAUCUUUUCUAUCAUUUGCAUAUUUCAUUUCACACUCAGUGCUAAUAACAUGCGUUCAUUCUCUCUCUCAGUCUCCCCCUCUCUCUCUCUAUCUAUCUAUCUAUCUAUCUAUCUAUCUAUAUAUAUAUAUAUAUAUAUAUAUAUGCUAG